UUUCAAGUACACUUUAUUGUCCUUGCUACACAUGCUACAUGUAGUUAUUAAUAACUUUGAAUUAUGUACAUGCAACUAACCCAAAAUCUAACCCUAUAGUAGGCACAUAGUUAUUUAUUACUCAGUACUUAAUUGGUUACGCUGUAACACAAAUACUUUAAAAUAAAGUGUAACCUCUUUUUCCAACUAACUACUGUUACCUUCAGCAAAUCUCAAUUUGUUUUAUGAAGUGAAUUUUGCAAUGCUGUGUGUCUGCCAACUGCCUAAAAUUCUUUCAUCGCAUCGCAUGUUGCCGAUAAUGAAUAAAAGGAUGGUUCACCCAAACAGCAUCUGUGCCACGAGCGAAACCCAGUGGGGGAUUCCAAGACCCAGUAAACAUAAAUGACCAGACACGGUACUGACCCUGCUUUCCGGGUCAAGAAAGUAAUGUGUGUGACUUCCAUCAAUGCUGAAGAGCAGCAUGGAGGACACUAGGGAACUAAGGAAGCACAGGGUGAAAAGCAUAAGAUGUUUCUUAUGUGACAUUACAUUAGUAUUCUAAUUUACAUAGACAUCUUAGACACUAUAUUUAACAAAAUAAUCAUGAAAAUACAAAUAAGUUGAAAGGAAUCUUACCCUAAUUAAACUUAAUUGGUAAUCUUUAUUAAAACAGUAGAACAUUUUCUACAUGUUUCAAUGCUCUAUAAUAUAGGGCUGUAAAAUAUAUUAGUUUUCUCACUUUCUAAGUCAAAAUGUUAACCUUCAAAACUAAACACUUCAGUGGCUGCUAUUAACAGUGUGUGAUGGCACUUUAAGCAAUGUGAGGACAUGAUUUUCUAUUUGUGGUUAUUUAUAUCUUUAACAUUAACGAUUCACUUGUGCUGCUCUUUACAUGGGUAGCUGAAAACUUUUUUCUCAGUAUCAAUGUUGAAAUGUGUACACUUGUAUGAGGGGAAAAAAUGGUCUUUUGUGAUGCUGCAACCAUUUUGGUGGCAUUUCUAAAAGUACAAAUAUUCCACGUGGUCUCUAAAUUAAUAUGAAUUCAUGAACUGCAUGCAGAUUAUAUAAUUCAACAUCAGGUCCCACUUCAUAUUAGGUGUCUUUAUUGUGUACUUACAUCAAAAUUAUAAUAAUAAUAAUUGUUAGGUACAAUGGCUUUAUUGUGUUGAUGUUGUAUUGCUACACUAGCUGAUAUUGAGGUGGAUAUGGGUAAGGAUAGCACAGGAUUGGUGUAAUUAUAGUGUAAUUAUAGAUGUAAUUACAUAAAUCAAUUAUGGCUGUAUUUAUAUGCAGGUAUAUUUAAAUAUAAGUACAAUGUAAAUAGAGGUAUGUACACAUUAAGUGCAUUGUACCAAAGGAUUAAUUUAAAUCUUAGUACAGUUAAGGACCCAUAAUAUAAAGUUGGACCCAAUCAAUAUCCUAGAAAAAUGGUGAAAGGCUUAAAGAUGUUUUUACUUGUGGAUAUACUGGGACAUAUCAUGAUGCUGCAUUUUAGACUUGUGACAUUGACUUAAGGAUACUAUAACGAACUCACAAAUGACCCUUUACUGCUGUUUUAUUGUUCAACCUUUAAUAAAACCAAUCGAACCUUAGUAGAAGUAUAAGGAUCCACUGAGACACCCAGCCACAACCGUGUAAAAUGAAACAAAACAAACCAUCCCUUUUCUGGCUUAUACCAUUGUGUUUUGGCUUUUCUGUUGUCAUUGCCUAUUUCACGCCUCAUAUUUUCCUUUUAAAAAUAUUUAGUCACAUUUUCCUGUUUAAAAUACAGAAAUACCGCAACACCACCUGUCAGCCACCCACAACGCUGCCCUUUUAUCUUCAACAGUUUCCCCAGUUUCCCCAUCAACAGCAAUUUCCCCAUUCAAUGCAAUCACCAUCAAAUGCGAGACAAAAUGCUUCUGGCAUGGAAACUCAGCCAUCCUACAUCUACUGGAGCCUUUUGGAUGAGUGGUGAAAUGUCUUCAAUAAGUGUUCGAACACAUCCUAAUACUGUCGAAUAAUUUUGGUAUGGCAGUCUCCUAAGUACAGUCAUUUAGAGAAGCACUGACCACAUGUUUCACGGGGACUGUCCCUGCAAUUAGUCACUUUGAAAUGACAAGCCUUUUUCAAAUGUCAGGCAAUGAACUAGACUUUAAAUAUGCAAAGCAAUUCCUAAUGACUAAAUUAAUUUCUAAUAUGAAUUUUAACAUCAAAACUAGCUUGUGCAUUUAUACAAACAAUAAUAAACUUCUAAACAAAGAAAACAACAGUCAUAACUUACUUGUAGCCUAAUUGGGUCAUUCUCAGGAAAUGGUGCUAUUUAUGUGGAAUGUGUGCCCUCAUUUUUACUGAUUAAGUCUCAUUAUGUGGAUUUAACAUGUGCAGUUUAUUUUUAUAAGGUUUUUAAGGUUACACGACAACGAAAAUUUAAUUCCACAUGCUCCCUUUUGUUUUACCACAAAUAUUUUUUAAACAAAACACUGCUUUAAUUAAUUAAUAAUUACGUUUUCUUAACUCAUCAAACUAAAAGUAAAAACUCAAGACAGCUUUGACAGCAGCAUGCAUCCUAUGUCACACUUGUGUGGUGGGGUGGUCUGUGGUUCACUGAGAGAAAUGACAGCUGCUGGUGAUGCAACCGUUUAGAGGUCUGAGGGUGUUUCGCGUUUUGUACCCUCUGUCUGUUCGUACCCUCUGUCUACUUGUAGCGAACAAGUGCAAAGACAGAAACAAAGUUUCACUAUGUUAACUCCCACUCUCUCUCUCUCUCUCUCUCUCUCCACUCCACUCUUGAGGUUAGAACUAUUAUCACCGUGCAGUGCAAUUUCGCACUUGUGCUUCAGGGUUGAUCACUCUAGAUGACACACAUGCUGUGUGGGCAGCAUCACAUCCAUGCCACUAUAGCACUGGUCACGUGGAAAGAGCCAUCAGCGCUAACAUGUAAUUGGUGUGGAGAGAGUAUAUAACACCAGGAGAAACAGGAGUGGGUGAGAGAGAGACGGACUACUGACUGCUGCCCCGCUGGUGAUCUACGUGUGAGAGAAUUGUGAAUGAUUUGUGACCGCUUUGUGCCUGUCUGCACCCCUUUUGUUUUGUAUUGUGAGAAUUAGUGCAAAUAAAAAGCAGUCAGUAGUCAAGCCGACCCUGUCCUCUUCCUUCCUGAAUACUGAACUUUGCUACACUGGUGCCGAAACCCGGGAAGGAAGACGGAAGCCGCCGCCAUGCAAUCGUCCUCCGGAUCGCCAUUUGCGGAGAUUAUCACCUCCCUCGCGGUCAUGCAACAAGAACAACACCAGGCCCUGCUGGACUUGAGACAGGAUCAAGAGAGGUGCUUCCAAGUCGUUGUUCAAGCCCAGCAGGAGGACCGCGAGAGGUUCCGGAGCUGGAUUGACCGGGAGGUUCGACCGGAAGCCCUGGAACCUCGAGCUGUGCCCGCCCACCUACCACUCCACAAAAUGGGAUCUGAGGACGACCCGGAGGUAUUCAUCGAUCUUUUUCAGAAGACGGCCGAACUGUCGGGCUGGCCGCGGGACCAGUGGCCGAUGCGCCUGGUCCCGCUGCUCUCCGGGGAGUCCCAGAUAGCGGCACAGCAGCUUCCGGUGCAGAAUCUCCUGGUCUUCGACGACCUAAAAAGGGCCAUCCUCCAGCGGGUCGGCUGGAGCCCUGAAGAACAUCGCCAGCGGUUCCGUUCCCUGGAACUGGGCGAGUCCGGCCGACCGUUCGUGUUGGCCCAACAGCUCCGGGACUCCUGCCGCAAAUGGCUGUUGGCUGAGGGAAGCGACGUGGAGAAGAUUGUCGAUCGAGUGGUACUGGAGCAGUUCAUUACUCGGCUCCCACGGAGGACAGCAGAGUGGGUCCAGUGCCACCGCCCCACGUCGCUGGACUCAGCCAUCCACCUCGCGGAGGACCAUAUGGUGGCGUGCCCAGGGGUCGGCGAACCCCUCCCAUCUGUCUCUCUCUCCCCGUCUUCCCCUUCUGUCUCUCUCUCUCGUCCUGUCCCUCUCCCCAGGUCCCGCCCACCUGUCCAUCCUCGAGUCCCGCCCCGGGGGGCGGGUUGACCAGAGCCAGUUUGGGGGUCCCAGAGCCCCGCCCAGGAGGGCGGGACUGACUUCCGCUGGACAGGACCCCGCGCCUGUUUCUCCGCUCUCUCCACGCCAAUCAUUUACCCCACUCCCUGCCACUGGGGCGGCGGGGAGGUCUGGGCCAGCCUGUUGGCGUUGCGGGGACCCGGAGCAUUUCGUGGACAGGUGCCCAGUGAUGGAGGUUGGGACAAUGGUCCGGGUCCCGGACGCCCCGCAGGCUGCCCCCGGUCAAGCUGGCUGGUAUCAAAUACCUGUGAGUAUCAAGGGGGGUACCUAUCAGGCCUUGGUGGAUUCAGGCUGUAACCAAACCUCGAUCCAUCAAAGCCUGAUUUCAUCCGGGGCAUUGGAUACAAGCCGCGUGGUUAAGGUGCGGUGCGUACACGGGGAUGUGGUGGUAUAUCCGGUAGUGCCGGUCAUUAUCCAGUUCAGGGGCCAAAAGCAUAGCGUUGAGGUGGCAGUUAAUCCGCACCUCCGGCAUCCGUUAAUUUUGGGGACAAAUUGGCCAGCAUUUUCUGAAUUAUUGGGUUAUUUAUGCACGGAUGCCUCUUGGGGGAAACAGGCGAUGGUUGGGGAUGCGCAAGCACAGGCGGGAGAGACUGAACGGGGACCACUGAGUGCUGCUUCAGGGGAACAGAGUGAAAUUGAGAGAAUAAUUCUCUCGGAUCGCGAUGACUUUCCCCUGGAGCAGUCUCAGGAUGAGACCCUAAAACGUGCAUUUGAGCAGGUCCAAACCAUCGACGGUCAGCCUCUCCAGCCUGGACGGGGGCUUACUUAUCCAUAUUUUGCAGUUAUAAAAAAUCGGUUGUAUCGGGUGACCCAAGACACCCAGACAAAAGAAGAUACAACCCAGUUGUUAGUUCCAAGGAGCCGCAGGGAAAUGCUUUUCCAAGCGGCUCAUUCUAAUCCAAUGGCUGGACACUUAGGACAGGCAACAACACUAAAUCGCCUCAUGACCCGAUUCUUUUGGCCGGGCAUUCACGAGAAUGUGCGCAGGUGGUGCGCGUCUUGUCGUGAAUGUCAGUUGGUAAAUCCACCGGCCACCCCAAAAGCGCCUUUGCGCCCCCUCCCAUUAAUGCAGGUCCCCUUCGAGAGAAUUGGUAUGGACCUCAUCGGGCCAUUAGAGCGAUCAGCCAGGGGACAUCGCUUUGCAUUAGUCAUUGUGGAUUAUGCAACUCGAUAGCCCUCCGCAGCAUUUCCGCGAAGAGUGUUGCGGACGCACUGUUUACUUUAAUCUCCCGGGUGGGGAUUCCAAAAGAAAUCCUCACCGAUCAAGGCACGGCGUUUAUGUCACGUACUUUACGCGAACUUUACGAAUUAUUGGGCAUUAAAGCGAUCCGUACCAGCGUCUUUCACCCACAAACUGACGGGCUGGUCGAACGUUUUAAUCGCACGCUUAAAACCAUGAUUCGUAAAUUCGUACAAGAAGACGCCAAAAAUUGGGAUAAAUGGUUAGAACCCGUUGUUCGCUGUGCGAGAAGUCCCGCAAGCCUCCACGGGGUUUUCCCCCUUCGAGCUUCUUUACGGACGCCAGCCCCGCGGGGUACUGGAUGUCCUGAGAGAAACUUGGGAGGACGGACCAUCUCAGAGUAAAAACGAAAUUCAGUAUGUAAUGGACUUGAGAACAAAACUCCACACUUUGGGGCGGCUAUCAACGGAGAAUUUGUUACAAGCCCAGGACAGACAGAGCCGGCUGUACAACAGGGGAACUAACUUGCGUAAAUUCGCACCGGGAGAGAAAGUGCUUGUAUUACUUCCAACGUCAAGCUCUAAAUUAUUAGCAAAGUGGCAAGGACCAUUUGAGGUCACACGGCGGAUUGGAGAUCUCGAUUAUGAGGUUAUACGGUCUGAUAGGAGAGGGGCACGUCAGAUUUAUCACCUCAAUCUCCUUAAAAAAUGGAAUGAGGCAGAGGCAGUGAUGUUGGCGAUGGUGAUUGGUGGAGAGGAUGAUCUCGGGCCAGAGGCGAAUACUAAACACCAAUCUCUCGCACUGGCCCCCGGAGGAGAUCAUCUCUCGCCCUCCCAGCUCACUGACCUAACGAAAUUACAAGCAGAGUUUGCGGACGUGUUCUCGCCCCUACCGGGCCGUACUAAUUUGAUUCAGCACCAUAUCGAGACAGCCGGCCGUACCGUUUGCCUGAACAUAAAAAAAAAGUGGUUCAGGCAGAAUUAGGAGCAAUGCUUGACAUGGGCGUAAUAGAAGAAUCCAACAGUAACUGGGCGAGCCCAAUAGUUUUAGUUCCGAAAACGGACGGCUCGGUUCGGUUCUGUGUGGAUUAUCGCAAGGUGAAUGCUGUGUCGAAAUUCGACGCGUAUCCAAUGCCACGGGUGGACGAACUGCUUGAUCGGCUCGGUACGGCUCGGUUUUAUUCGACACUGGACUUAACAAAGGGAUAUUGGCAGAUCCCCUUGUCUCCAUUAUCUAAAGAAAAGACAGCUUUCACCACGCCGUUUGGAUUACACCAAUUUGUUACCCUUCCGUUCGGGCUGUUCGGGGCUCCGGCUACCUUUCAGCGUCUCAUGGACAGAAUUUUACGGCCCCAUGCUGCGUAUGCUGCUGCCUAUUUAGAUGACAUAAUUAUAUUUAGUCAUGACUGGCAGCGGCAUAUGCAGCAUUUGAGGGCUGUCUUGAGGUCGCUGAGAGGGGCUGGGCUCACGGCCAACCCGAAGAAGUGUGCAAUUGGGCGGGUGGAAGUAAGAUAUCUGGGCUUCCACUUGGGACAUGGGCAGGUGCGUCCCCAAAUUGAUAAGACGGCAGCAGUUGCGACCUGUCCGCGUCCCAAGACCAAAAAGGAGGUGAGACAGUUCCUAGGGCUGGCGGGAUAUUAUAGAAGGUUUGUACCUAAUUAUUCGGACCUCACCAGCCCUUUGACUGAUCUCACUAAAAAGGAGGCACCAGAUACGGUCCAGUGGACGGAGCUGUGCCAGCAGGCCUUUACCCAAGUGAAGGCUGCUUUAUGUGGCGGGCCGUUGUUACACUCUCCUGAUUUUUCUCUCCCUUUUCU